UCACACGUUCUCCAUCGUUGCACUUUUCACUCAUCACCCCUCAAAGUCUCUUCUUCUUUCUUCUACGAGAAAUAAACAGAAUAAAAAAAAAAUGUCAGACACCAAUCCGGAAUCCUCAAACUUGAACGCUCUAAACACGGACGUCACAGAAUCAAUCCUGUCCCUCCUCCCAAUCCCAUCCCUCGUCCGUUUCUCCACCGUCUCCAAGCUCUGGCGCUCAAUCAUCAGCUCCCUCCCUCCUUCCUCCUCUUCCCCAUGGCUCUUCCUCUUCGGCAUCCACAACACCUCCUCCUUCCACAACCAAUCCUUCGCCUUCGAUCCCCUCUCCAACUCCUGGCUCCGCCUCCCCUUCCCCUCCCUCCCUUCCCUCCACCUCGUCGGGUCCGAUCGCUUCCUCUUCUCCACCGCUCCGAGAUUCUCCUUCUCCCCCAUCCUCAAACCUAACUGGCGUCUCACUUCCCCUGUCCGUUUCCCCAGAAUGAACCCCCUCCUCGGCGUCUUCCCCGCCUCCUCCAAGCUCAUCCUCGUCGGCGGAGUCGGAUCCAUCGGAGGGUUAGUGAACAUCGACGAUCGUUCACCCGUUCAAAUCUACGACUCCACUCUGGACUCCUGGGAGCUCUGUCCUCCCCUCCCCGAAGCUUUCCGAUCAAACGCCCACGAAACCCUAAGCUCGGCCCUCUGCAAACGCAGAUUCUACGUCUUCGAUGUCAGCUCGUGCUUCAUCUCCUCCUUUUCCUUGGAUACUUACACGUGGAGCGACGUUCAGACGCUUAGACCCCCCGGCCUCCUCUUCGCCUUCCUCAAUUCCUGUAACGACGCCCUUGUCCUCGGCGGAAUGUGUAAUUCGGAUCGGGGGUUCUCCUUUAACCUCUGGAGAGUCGAGGAAGGUUCCAUGGAGUUCAGCGAGAUCGCGAUUAUGCCUGAGGCUUUGUUGUUUGGCUUGUUGGUUGAUUGUGAGGAUGAGGAUGAUGGUCACAGGUUCAGGACUUUGAAAUGCGUUGGCUCUGGGAAUCUUGUAUAUGUGUUUAACGAAGAUGGUCAUAAGAAGUAUCCUGCUUGUGUUUGUGACAUUGGUGUGGAGAAUGGCAAGUGUAGGUGGAGGAGUCUGCCGAAUUUGCCCUCUCCUCUUAAUAAGUUUCAUAAGCUUGUUAGUUUCUGCUCCACUCUAUCCAUUAGCGACGUUUUCCACUCGGAUGAGGCUCAGAUUGAUGCUUGAGUUUGCUUUACUUAUGCCAGUGGUAAGCUAUCUUACCAUCCAUGGGGUACGAUUUAACUUAGGAUUCUUCAUCCAUUGAUGUUUUGAUAUUGCUUCUCUGAUUACUAAUGACUAAUAGUCUUGUGAAUCGCCAGUUACAAUGUAAAGUGGAGAUGAACAGAGAAGAUAAAUAAUGGAAAGUGUAUAAAGAUGGGUAUCCAUUUAUUAUGGUAAUCAUUCAUAUAUGUAAUUAGGUGAAAACUGAUUUUGUAGUUCUUCGUUAAUAUGUUGUUGCUAUGUUAACUCUUUUGUACGAUUACAUAUAGUGUAUAUUUGUUUAUCUCA